CUUGACUGGAGUCUAGAACGCUUGUAGACUCGCUGCAGGAAAACCCACUAAUACAAACGAGAGAGCAUUUCACAUAUCAGAAUAAGGGCUAAUAUAUGGGCAUGUAUUAAUAUCCGGUGCUCAGGAUCUCAGCGGUCACAAUAUCUCAGCAGCAGCCAGAAGAUCAGAAUCCCAACGAACCCUGAUGAAAUGAUUACACAGAAUACCAUGAAUGACUCGGUGACCUGUAAUGGAGAGAAUACUUUCCAACUUACAUCAAGAGAAACCACCCACUCCAUGGAUUCUUUAUACUCCAGUCUUAGCAUCAGCAGCUCAGAAGAUGAGAGGGAGACCUGGCACCAUGCUGCCAACCCCAGAACCACCAUUCUCCUCUCGCUACUCUAUCUGGCUCUCCUGACGUUUUGUGGCAGUGCGGUUCUACUGGCAGAAAUGCGUCACCACAGCCAGCAAAGCCACAAUGUUCAUGGCUUCCUCACUGUGCUCAUGUUGACCUCCUCGGCCUGGAUGCUUUGGUUUGGGUGGACAUCUGCUAAAAAUAAAAACAUCAAGAUGUACCAGGAUUACCAAGCUGGAGCUAGCUGGCUAAAGGGUGGACUGUGUCUCUUUGCCUUAGCCACAUUGGUAUUAGACUGUCUAACACUGGGGUAUUACCAUGAACUGUAUCAGUGCACCCCAAUACUGGUCACCUCUUUUCCCAUUGUUCAGGCCGUCUUUACCAUCAUACAGGUUUCUCUACUAUCAUUUUAUGCCAAAGUCUGCAUACAGGAGAAGCAGCACGUGAACAGGUUUGGUCUGAUGCAUACCCUUGCGACAAACAUAUUAAUGUGGAUGAGCGUUGUCCUGGAUGAGUCCAUGAAGCAACUGGAGGAAAUUUAUGAUAUUCAAAAGAAGAAGAUGAACAUCUUAGAAACUUCUGAAGUACAUACUAACAGCUGUGUCUGCGCCACUGAUCUUUGCCACAUCUUCUAUGAAGGAGCAGCUUACCUACACCCCUUCAAUAUUGAAUUCAGCCUCUUCUCCUCCACAAUGUUGUACGUUCUGUGGAAGAACACAGGCAAGGUGACUUGUACUGCAACAGUUGUAGGACACAGCAGAGUCACUCUUCACAUCAAUGGGGCCUUUGUAGGUCUGAUUCUAGGGGCUUUUGCCAUCUCGGCAACAUUUGGUGUUAUGAUUAGCUUUGGUGUUCUUGCAAAGUCUCCAGAGACGGUUCCAGAGGCAUUGCGUAUCUACUACCUCUUCAACUCAGUGCUCCUAUCUGCAAUGUUCAUUGCUUCUGUAAUUGGAAUUGUAACAUGCAGACUUCAGAAAGGAUUUUUAUUUGAUGACAAGUCUAAGAGUGUGGUCAGAAGCCUGGACAUUACACUUCUGAUGGGAAGCUCUUGUGGUCCACUGAUGGUGUCUGUGUUCUCGUUAGUGGCCAUAUUCUUCCUGCACAUUGAAGGAAACCUCUACGUUCUAGAUCUUUGUUUUUCUCUCUGUAAAACCAUCCAGAUACUUGGCCAAAAUCUCUUUAUAACCGAGGCCCUAUAUUCUGGACCAGCUCAAGAUAAAUCUGAUACAUCAAAGGACUGGGUCUUUUCUAUAUCUCAAGGUUCAGCUAAUGAAACCAUUAAACACACUAUAAGCAAUGUGUCCACAGAGUAUGAGAGUAGAAGCUCAAGCUCAGAACAUGGGGCUAGUGUAAAGAGUUCCAAAAUGUUGGUGGACUUGCGUGCAGAUGUGCCUAAGAAUCAGCAGGACAGAAGCAGUGUGAUGGACGUUCUUGGCACCAGACACUCAUUAAAGGAUGAGCAGAAACAGUCCUUUAUUACAACCCGAAGAAAGAUUUUGCAAAACAUAUCAAUCCUGUUAAUCUGCUAUAAUAUAUCGGUUUGGAUCUUAUACGCUUAUGGAACCCGGCCACAUCUGGUGAGCCAAAUUGAACAGUCCUUCUACGGCUUCACUCUCUGGGUGAUCAUUGUAAAAAUCUCUCUUCCCCUGGGAAUCUUCUACCGCAUGCAUUCUGUGGCUAGUUUGUUUGAAGCCUAUUGUAACAUAUGUGAAGCAGCAGCUUGCCAGAAACCCGCUGAUUCAUUUGUCUUCAAUCCUUGACCAUCACUGAACAGUCCCAAUUCAACACGAUGACAUCCAUCCCAUUUACCAGAUGACUGCUGCUUAUAAUAAUGACAUAAAGUUUGCUUAGGCCAUGAUACUUACUGUACACUGAUCUAGUUUCUGAGGGACAUUUUAAGAAAUGAGGAGUCCUGUCUGCAAGGUUAUUAUUACAUGUGCCCCUUCUCCUUGGAAACAUGGCACCCACAGCAAUUGGGUCAGACCCUGCUCUGAGUGCAGGGUGGCGCCUUGAUUCAAGGGUCUGUGUGCACCAUACACCUUGCACCCAGUGUAGACAUAGAUCUGAUUAGCUGCAAUUGUUUAUACUAACAAUUACAAGUAGCUAUGUAUUGCUAAAAUUAUCAGGCUUCCUAUGCAGGAACCAUUAGCUCCAUGUGUAAGUUGUCUGACUGUAAUGAAGAAGGUGGUAUGUUCAAAUACCCAGUGUGGGUUUUAGUAAGCAAUGACAUUACAAAGAAAUGUAUGUUUUAAAUAAAGAAGGAUGUAACAGAAUGACAGUGUUCUCACAACAAAUCACACUAUCACUGAUAGCUCUCAAGUUAAGUGUAUAAGAGGAUUGGUGUUAAAUUACUGUUCUGAAAGUCAGUGUAAGUGUGCUAUAAAUGUCUGUGUACUGUAUGUCAUGUGGGAAGAGGCAUCAUAGCAUAACGUGCUUUCUCAUUGGACCUCUGCGAUCCAAUGACCUCUGGGGAGAAUGAGGAAGGACCUGUCUGUUUCAUCUGCACUGAACCCCACAAUUUGUGAUGCAACUCUGAUCAUUAAACCCUUAACUGCCACUGAUAUAUGGUUAAUGUCUUUCUCCAGCCAGGAGGAAGAAGGACCCUUGAAGGGGGAAAAUGAUGAUGUCAGUUUUGGACAUGCUUACUUUGAGAAAUGCUGGACCAUACAAGAUAGGGUGGCAGACAGGCAUGAUGAGACCUAAGUUAGGUCUGAGGGAAAGAUGUCAGGAGAGUAAUGGUGGUAAUGAGCGUAAUGAUGGUGUUUAACAAGCUGAUGAGUUUUCCAAUAGAGAAGGUGGAAAAUGAGAAAAGGAGAGGUCCAAGGACAGACAUGUAGGGAAAACCAACAGGUAGAGGAAGGGGGUUGGAGGUAGUGUUAUACCACUUUCAGACCAAAACCCCGGGUCCAGCCUAAACCGGGUAACUGGACAUGGCCGUGUCACAGCGACCUGAAUCCUAUUCACACUGCAGGCUGGACCCAGGAUACACCACUGUAACUGAUGUUUCAUUUAAAGUUUUUCUAAUUAUACAGGUAUUUCUGAUUGCUAGGAAUACUUUACGUCACUAUGGUCUAUAUUGCUAUAGAGUACAGAACGAAAAGAUGUUUUUCCCUCACACAAAAGUAUUCUUCCUUCAUCUGGUAUUCUCAUGUCAUGCAGUAUCACUGUUACAGUAACAUUCCUUGCCUUGCAAAUGUGAAUUAUUCAGUAAAACUUUUUUCAAAGAAAACAAAACAGAGCAAAAAAAUCCAAUUACAGAAAUGUAAAUAAUGUUUUACAUGUUAACGAGAACAAAUCACAUCGAUCACAUAACUGGAAAGUAAUAAACUUGACAUCUAAAUCA